UCUGGAGGUGACACCAUGCGGGGGGCACUGCUCUGUCUGACCCUCCUGUACGCACUGGGCACUGCCAGUGCCUCUGGCACCAUUGUGGCUCCGAAUCUCGCCGGCUGUUGGACAAAUCAGCUCGGGUCCACCGUGAGUAUCGAGGUGGCUGAGGACGGGACCCUGCGAGGCACCUACACAUCACAGGUGUCGAGCACCGGGGAUCAAGUUAAAGGCGAUCUGAUCGGAUACCAACAGAUGUUCAACCAACCGACCUUUGGAUUCGCGGUGAAGUGGACCACAGAGUCCGUCAGGGGAAGUGUCACAGUGUGGACCGGGCAGAUGUUCAACACCCACGGUCACCAGACCUUGAUGACCAUGUGGUUACUCCGAAACAACACUGAAACUAUCGGUAACAACUGGUCAGCGACCCGGACAGGGCAGGACGUGUUUCGUCAUUGUGGGGUGAAGUGUGAAUCCACUGAAGGAAGCGGCGAUUUGGGAAGUCAGUGGAAAUGUGACUCCAGUGUCGGUGCCUAGGAGGGAAGAUGUGUCACAGAGUGCAGUGGGCACGGCCUCUGCCGAAUAAUCACUGGAUUUCAAAUUCUGUAAUCAGCCGAUCUUUAUAAAUCAUGAUCUCAUUAAAGGAAAAGUUUGUGCAUCAGAA